AUGGACACUCCAUCAACCCCUGAGAAGAGAAUGGGGGCAUGGCCACCCAUCUCACCCGACACCCCCAUCUCCAAGCGGGAGAUUCAUCACGAAAUGGAUGGCUUUCCGGAAACUUUUGGAAAGAUCACCACACUGGAGCAAAUUGCUGCUGCUUCCAAAUAUGGUGCAGUCAUUCUGAACUCAAGAGACGAUCGUAUCAAGGAGCUUGCCCUCGAGACCUAUAUCGAACGGAAUUGCGACUGGGGAAAGGCCUGGGCGGAGAUCAUGAUGUACCGAUUGAUUGGCAAGUCAUCGGCCUUUUUCAUCCCCCGACAGGCCUUGGACGUUGCCCUUGUUGAGGAACUCGGCCAUGCUGUUGGUUUAUGGGUGUCGUUAGCUGCACGUGGAAUCGUGGCGAACCUAGGGCAGCAGGCUGAUAUUGAUGCUGCAACUUUGGCGGACAAACUCAACUGGUAUAUGGUGGCUUAUAAGUUGAGGAAUGAAAUCCAAGAGUGGACUAGGGAGAGUUUGAAUAUGUUGCGUUGGGAGAUAUACCAGCUGUUGCAUGGAGAAGGGGAGAAUCAAAAAGGAAAGUCUGCCCAGCUUCGAAUUGUACAGAAACCUGCCGUUCUAAAUGGACUUCGCAUUCGAGGACUGCCAGAUAACGAAGAUGAGGCACCCCGACAACAACCCACACCCAAAACUCCGCAACUUGCCAAAUUUCAAAAUCAUAUUCCAGUUCAAGAACAAUCAAAUGAGGAACAUGAAGAGCCGGGAUUUCCACAAACUCCAAAGAGUGAGCAAGUCCUUGCCAAGCGGGUGUGCAAAGUCACAGAGGACUCUCCAAAAAACAAUGAUGAAGAGCCAAGCCAGCAAGUUACCCGAAAAAGCACUCGACUCCAAAGCAUGCGGGCGGUUGACUACCGUGGUUGGGCCGGCAGAAUCCCGUACCAGAAUUCUCCAGUAGCCUCUGUACCAAUUAACAGCGAAACUACAUACCCAAAAACACCCGAUGCCCCUCAACGCGUACGCCUGGUAGUCAACAAGGAGAGCUCUGGAGUCCAACUUGGAUCCCCACCCAGCGCCCCUAAACGGGAAAAGGUCCGAAAAUUUCGCAAUCGCCGCAGCGAGGUAUUCAAUCCUGAUCAUCCCAUGCGCGGGAUUUCAAAUAAAGUAGGCACAGGUAAACAGAAGGAAGAUAAAUGCGGCCUCGUGCGUCUUUUGACUCGUCUCGAGAACAGAAACGGAGUUCUUGAAGCUACGGUCGCAGAGAAGGAGAAAGCCUGCAGCUUGGCAGAAAGUGUUGCAGACACUGCGAGAGCUGACUUGAGAAAGAGAAAUAAUGAUAUGAUGAUGACGCUACGGGGCGUGGCAAGAGUACAGGUUGAGUCGAUGAGCCAGGAACUUCAGGCUAUCGCUAUCCAGCGCUUUCUGACUAUCCAAGAUGAGGCUGAUUCGCCGCUGCAGAUGGCACUUGAUAACGAGGAUGAGGCAAGGGCUGCGCUGAGGAACGCUGAAAAGGAGCGUGUGGUGUUUGCCAAGAAGUUUGAGGAUUUCAGAUGUAUGGCAAUUGAUUUGCUUGGUGAGUAG